AUGUCUAGCUUUGGUACCUUGUUCCGUGUUACCACUUACGGUGAAUCUCACUGUAAAUCUGUUGGUUGUAUUGUUGAUGGUGUUCCACCAGGAUUGGAUCUUACUGAAGAAGACAUCCAGCCACAGUUGACCAGAAGAAGACCAGGCCAGUCGAAAUUGUCUACCCCAAGAAACGAAAAGGAUAAGGUUGCCAUCCAGUCCGGUACCGAGCAUGGCAAGACUUUAGGUACUCCUAUUGGUAUGAUGGUGCUCAACGAAGACCACAGACCUAAGGACUAUUCUGAAACCGACGUUUACCCAAGACCUUCUCAUGCCGACUACACUUACUUGCAAAAAUACGGGAUCAAGGCCUCCAGUGGUGGUGGUAGAUCUUCUGCUAGAGAAACCAUUGGUAGAGUCGCUGCUGGUGCCAUCGCCGAAAAGUUUUUGCAAAAAGCCCACGGGGUGGAAAUUGUUGCCUUUGUUUCUGCUGUUGGGUCCGCCGCCAUCAACAGAGACCCAUCUAGUCCAGAAUUCCAAGAUUUAUUAGAAAACAUCACCAGAGAAAAAGUCGACACUUUCGACCCAAUCAGAUGUCCUGACCCAGUGGUUGCUGAGCAAGCCACCAAGAUUGUCGAAGAAACCAGAGAUGCCAAUGACUCCAUCGGUGGGGUGGUGACUUGUGUCGUGAGAAACUUGCCAACCGGUUUAGGUGAACCAGCUUUUGACAAAUUGGAAGCCUUGUUGGCCCAUGCCAUGUUAUCGAUUCCUGCCACCAAGGGUUUUGAAAUCGGUUCUGGUUUCUACGGUGUCAGCAUCAAGGGCUCCAAGCAUAAUGAUGCCUUCUAUUUGGACCCAUCCACUGGUAGAUUCAGAACAAAGACUAACUAUUCCGGGGGUAUUCAAGGGGGUAUUUCCAACGGUGAAAACAUUUACUUCUCUGUUGCCUUCAAGCCACCAGCCACCAUUUCUCAAGAACAACAGACCGCUUCUUACGAAGGGAAAGAUGGUGUUUUGAAGGCCAGAGGUAGACACGAUCCAAAUGUCGUCCCUAGAGCUGUUCCUAUUGUUGAAGCCAUGACUGCCUUGGUCUUGGCUGAUAGUUUAUUGAUCCAGAAAUCAAGAGAAUACGGCAAAUCCAUGCUCCAAUAA